AUGCCUUCCUCUGCACGUUGUUUCGGGACCAACUUCCUUGGGCGCCUGGAAAGCCCCAUCUGUAGCUCCAAUGCUGAGCAAGAUGACCACAGUCUUCCCUUUGAUCACUUUGGGGAGGCUGUGGCAAUUGCAAUUCCCCAUGGCCCCUCCAGUGACGCCACCCUGGAAUGUGUGAGAGUGGACAUGAUGCAAAAUGAGAACAAGAGCGACCACCACUGUCACUUGUACGAAGGCAAAAACAACAUUCUCAUCGUCCGCAGGGCUCAAGAGUUUCAGAUGACCCUUCAGUUCAACCAGCCCGUAAAUCCCAGUGACAAAUUCCAGGUUGAGUUUUACAUUGGUAUCAAUACCAACGUGUUGAAUGGCACAAAGAUCAUCAUCUCCUUUGACGGCUCACAAACUGGGAAUUGGACCGGCCGCAUGCUAAAGCAACAAGGGGAUGAGUGCGUGGUGGGCAUCACCCCUUCUGCGGACGCCAUCAUCGGAAAGUACUACACGAAUGUGGCGGUCAUCGGUUCCAAUGGAGUUUCAAGGACACAAAAGGACUCUGGAACAGACUUCUACCUCCUGUUCAACGCCUGGGCGUCCAAUGAUGAAGUGUACAUGCCCAAUGAGGAAGACAGGCAGGAGUAUGUGAUGAACGAAAAUGGCUGCAUGUACCAGGAGGAAUCAGGUGGUGGAAAGCAAUGGUAUUAUGGUCAGUUUGUGGAAGGGAUUCUUGAUGCCUGUAUCAAAAUCUUGGAUGACUCACACAUGCCUCUAGUAAACAGAGGCGAUGCUGUCAAAGUCUGCAGGAUAGGCUCUGCAAUGAUGAACUCCCAGGAUGACCGCGGGGUCUUGGUGGGCAACUGGAGCGAUGACUACUCCGGUGGCACUGCACCAACCUUCUGGAUUGGCAGUGACCAGAUCCUGCUCCAAUACGCCAACAAAGGGCCCGUCAGCUACGCACAGUGCUGGGUCUAUGCCGGGACAUUCAACACCUUCCUGCGGUGUCUGGGCAUCCCUGCCAGGGUGAUCACCAACUUCAACUCCGCCCACGACAACACAGGGAACAUAAUCACAGAUCUCGUCUUCAACUCAGUGGGAAAUGUACUUGAACUGAACGAGCGCCUUACCAGAGACUCAAUCUGGAACUACCACUGCUGGAACGAGGCUUACUUGUCCAGACUUGACCUCCCUGCACACCAGGACUUAGGUGGCUGGCAGGUGGUGGAUUCCACCCCCCAGGAAACCAGUGAUGGAUAUUUCCGCUGUGGACCUUGCUCUGUCAAAGCCAUCAAGGAAGGAAUGCUCGGCUAUCAAUUUGAUGCCCCGUUUGUGUUCGCUGAGGUGAAUAGCGACGUUUACAAAUACAAGCUAAAUACACAAACUGGGAAAACUGAGUUACUAAGCGUAGACACAACUUAUGUCGGCCAGAAACUCCUGACGAAGUCCAUUGGUGGAAACAAUUAUGAGCCAAGGGACAUUACAGAGACGUACAAAUACCCAGAAGGCAGUAGUAAAGAUAAGGAGACCAUGAAGAAUGCAGAGAGAACCUACAGGACGCAUAUGCAAUAUGACGACGAGCAGGGCGUGGAGAUGACGCUGGAGAUCCCGCAGGAGCGUGUGAAGAUUGGCCAGAACUUCCAGAUGGCUGUGGUCUUCAGGAACCUGAGUGAAGACACACGCACCAUCCAUGGCUUCCUGGUCGGCUCCACCAUCUACUACACCAACAUCCAAAGGGCUCAGUUCAAGCAGGAAACCUUUGACGUCACUCUGCACCCCAUGGAGACGUCGAGGAUACAGGUGGUCGUGCUGGCCCAGAACUACAUGCCCCAGCUGGGUUGCCAAUCCAGCCUCCGCUUCGUGGUGACGGCCAAGAGCAUGGAGAACAACCAGGACAUGAUGGCCAUACAGAUAGUGAACCUGAAAGGCCCCGAGCUGGCCUUUGCGAUCAGUGGACCAGCGAAGGUGAACCAGGAGGUAUAUGUCAAGGUGGAGUUCACCAACCCGUUCCCAUUCAGCCUGCAUGACGUGAGGAUGGCCAUGCAAGGGCAAAAUUUAAUCUCAUACCGGGAAAGGUUGUACAGGUAA